AUGACGGGAAAGCUGCCGAAACAGCAGGUAAAAGCGGCGUGCCCUGGCGUGUGCCGGGUUGCAGCGGAGCCGCCGGCAGGGGCAGGUGUUCCCGCGGGCGCGGCAGCCCUGCGACUGUCCCGUGCAGCGAGGGCGCAGGGCGCGCAUGCACGGCCGGCAGGUGCGCCAUUGGCGGAGCCCGCCGCCCCUCCUCGAGGGAGGGCCGCUUCCUGCACUUUCACUGCCCGCCCCGCCUACGCACUGCACGCCUCGUUCCGCGGGACCGUGUUCGAUCCUCGGGUUCGGGAGCCUCGCUGCGAGGGGGCGGCAGCGGCCGGGAGCCACGAGCUGGGGCGCGCCCCGGGUCUGCGGCGUGUCAGCGGAGCGCAGGUGCGCAGAGCGGCGGCCGAACGUCGGCAAACGGCGGACCGCUCGCCAGCGGACGCGACAGCCCGUGUAGCGCCGGCGUAUGGGCAGCGCAGCGCAGCGCGGCAGUGGUCUGCGGGCUGCGGCCGCUGCAGGGGCGGUGGCGGCGACAGGUGUCCGCGAUGGCUCCGGCUGGCCGGACCAAAUUAA